UUUGGGCAAACCCUUUAGCAAACACCUUUGCAUGCAAGGGCAUGAAUGGAGCCGAAGGACUCACUACUUGCUUCUCACGGUGAAUAGGAGAAGAGCUCAGGUUGGCUUGGAAGCAGAAAGAGAUUUCUAUCCACCAGUCCAAUCCAGGCUCCAAAAUGAUCCAAGCUCUCUUGGUAACUAUAUGCUUCGCGGUUUUUCCAUAUCAAGGGAGCUCUAUAAUCCUGGAAUCUGGGAAUGUUAAUGAUUAUGAAGUAGUGUAUCCACAAAAAGUGCCUGCAUUGCCCAAAGGAGGAGUUCAGAAUCCUCAGCCAGAGACCAAGUAUGAAGAUACAAUGCAAUAUGAAUUUCAGGUGAAUGGAGAGCCAGUGGUCCUUCACUUAGAAAGAAAUAAAGAACUUUUUUCAGAAGAUUACACUGAAAUUCAUUAUUCCUCUGAUGACACAGAAAUUAUAACAAGCCCUCUGGUUCAAGAUCACUGCUAUUAUCAUGGCUACAUUCAGAAUGAAGCUAAUUCAAGUGCAGUCAUCAGUGCAUGCGACGGCUUGAAAGGACAUUUCAAGCAUCAAGGGGAGACAUACUUUAUUGAGCCCUUGAAGCUUUCCGACAGUAAAUUCCAUGCAAUCUACAAAGAUGAAAAUGUAGAAGAAGAGAAAGAGACCCCCAACUGUGGGAUAACCCAGACUACUUCGGAGUCAGAUGAGCCCAUCAAAAAGAUCUCUCAAUUAACUAAUAUUUCUGAACAAGAAAGGUACUUGAAGGUCAAAAAAUACAUUGAGUUGUAUGUAGUUGUGGACAACAAAAUGUACAAGAAUUACGACAGCAACAGACAUGCUAUAAAAAGAAAAGUAUAUGAAACAAUCAACCUUUUAAACAUGAUGUACAGACCUUUGAAUUUUCUCAUUGCACUGAUUGGCCUAGAAAUUUGGUCCAACCGAGAUAAGAUUAACAUUGAACCAGAGGUGGCUGUCACUUUGAAAUCAUUUGGAAAAUGGAGAGAAACAGUUUUACUGCCACGCAAAAGGAAUGAUAAUGCUCAGUUACUUACGCAGAUUGAGUUCAGCGGAACUACUGUAGGACUUGCUUAUGUGGGCAGCAUCUGCAGUCCGGAGGAAUCUGUAGCAGUUAUGGAGGUUUAUAGCAGAAGAACAAAUAUAAUGGCAUCUGGAAUGGCCCAUGAGUUGGGUCAUAAUCUGGGCAUUACUCAUGACCACGCUUCCUGUAAUUGCAAUGCUGAACUAUGUAUUAUGUCUGCGAUAAUAAGUUUUGAACCUCUCUCUGAGUUCAGCUCUUGUAGUAUCCAGGAACAUCAGAGGUAUCUUCUUAGAGAGAGACCACAAUGCAUUCUCAACAGACCCUUGAGCACAGAUAUUGUUACACCUCCAGUUUGUGGAAAUUACUUAGUGGAGGUGGGAGAAGAAUGUGACUGUGGCUUUCCUCAGGAUUGUCAAAGUGCCUGCUGCAACGCUACAACUUGUAAACUGCAACAUGAGGCACAGUGUGACUCUGAAGAGUGUUGUGAGAAAUGCAAACUUAAGAAAGCAGGAGCAGAAUGCCGGGCAGCAAAGGAUGACUGUGACUUGCCUGAAAUCUGCACUGGCCAAUCUGCUGAGUGUCCCAUGGACAGCUUCCAGAGGAAUGGACAUCCAUGCCAAAACAACCAAGGUUACUGCUACAAUGGGAAAUGCCCCAUCAUGACAAACCAAUGUAUCGAUCUCUGGGGGCCAGGUGUAAAUGUGUCUCCAGAUAUAUGUUUUACGUUGAACCAGUAUAGCCAAGGUUGUGGCUUCUGCAGAAUGGAAAAUGGUACAAAGAUUCCGUGUGCAGCAAAGGAUAAAAUGUGUGGCAAGUUAAUAUGCGAAAAGGAAAACUCGACAUGCACCUGCUUUCCUACAACAGAUGACCCAGAUGAUGGAAUGGUUGAACCUGGAACAAAAUGUGAAGAUGGAAUGGUGUGCAGCAACAGGCAGUGUGUUGAUGUGCAGACAGCCUACUGAUCAAGCACUGGCUUCUCUCAAUUUGAUUUUGGAGAUCCUCAUCCAGAAAGCUUCCCUCAAGUCCAAAGAGACCCAUCUGUCUUUAUCCUACUAGUAAAUCACUCUUAGCUUUCAGAUGGCAUCUAACAUUUGCAAUGUUUCUUCUCCAUAAUUUAAUCAGAUAAUCUUUUGUUAUAAUCAGAUCUUUUCCCUGCCACAAAGCUCAUGUACAGCACCAAUGGUCAUGUACAGCACCAAAGGCUUAUUUGCUGACAAGAAAAAAAUAGCCAUUUUACUGUUUGCCAAUUGCAAUUCACAUUUAAGGCAAUAAGCUCUGCCCUUUGAGCUGGCAUAUUCAAAGGCAAUGCUCCCUCUCCCAAAAUUAUAUGCUGGCUUUCCAAGAGGUAGCUUCUUCCAUCAAUAAACUAUUCUCAUUCUGCA